AUGAUCAUCGCGUUGGAGGAAAGUGGCGAAGCGGAAUUACAGGUAACAGGGAACAGCUAGCAAAAAACUUCAAUACGAUCGGGCUAAAGCGAAAGAUGUUAGACUAAAAGCGAUGGAGAAGCUGUCAGAGACGAAAAAAAGAGGUUCAUCAGCGGGUGAAAGCGAUGACAAACCGAAGCGUCAACGAAGAAGUGGAGGUGAUGCUAUCGAAUACUUAGCUGAAAGAGCUAAAGUAAGUGAUCAACUGAAAGAGGAAGACCUAAAGAUGAAGAGAGAUCAGUAA